UAAUAAUAAUAAAAAGAAGAAAUAAUUAAAACUUAAAUAGAACAUUGAUUGUUAUUUCAUAUUUGUCGGUACUCGGUGUAUUAAUGGACUCGUCCUUUGCGUGUUAUUUAUUACGUCAAACGUGAACGACGUUUUGGCGUCCAUUACACGGAUGUCUCAGAACAGCCCACAAGUACUGGUUUGGUGAUUAUAACAACUGUCGUCUGUGUUUGAUUCGGGUUUACAAUGACUGCCGAUCACUUUUGUUUGAAAUGGAACAACUAUCCUUUGAACAUGGUCACCGAGUUGGACAGCCUUCGUACUAGUGAAGACCUGGUAGAUGUAACUUUAUCAUGUGAUGGGCAGCUGUUCAAAGCUCACAAAGUUGUGUUGUCUAUGUGCAGUACUUACUUUCGAAAUGUGUUCAAGGAUAAUCCUUGUAGACAUCCAGUCGUAAUAUUGAAAGAUAUAAAUCAAGAUGAUGUUCAGGCAUUGCUCAAUUUUGUGUAUCAAGGCACUGUUUACAUAUCAGAGAAAAAACUAGCAUCAUUUUUACGGACUGCAGAGUUACUACAGAUAAGAGGUCUAGCUGGUGCAGCUUCUACAAUAAAUACAGAUCUAGAGUCAACCCGAACGAGUUUAGAGAGAAAUGCCAUGCCUCCACUGCAGCAACUUUCUACCAAUAACAAUCAAGAUGAGAAACAUGAUACAUCAACUUCAACAGAAAAAUCUGAUUCCCCAAAGUCUCCCAGUGAAAAAGUUUCUGCAAAACGAAAGAAAUGUCUUCCAGUAAAAUUAAAAAAACAAUUUGAUAAUGGCACAGAGUUUAUGGAUGAAACAACUGGUAGUGAAACUGACAUAUUGAGUCGAUUAAAAGUCGAUGAUAUUGAUGAUGGCAAUGUAGAUACUGACUGUUAUAUUGAUGAAGAUGGAUCAAAAGAUGAAUUUUGUGAUGAUCCAUAUGCACAAGGACCUGAUGUCGAUGAAUAUGAAGAUGUAGAUAUAGUUAAAGAUGAAUUUGUUUCACAUUCUACCACAAUUUUUGACAAGUCAUUAAUUGCUUCUCGUAUGUUGAAUGAUCCUAAAGAUAUCCACACAAGUACAGCUAGUGGUAUUGAUUUUGCUAUAUCUUCAGCUCAAGCAAAUCAAUGUCCAUCUGAACAAUCAUUAACAACUGCAGACCGUCUAGGCCGCCGACCAUGUCCUUUGUGCCAAAAAGUGAUCUCCAACAAGUCUAACUUAUUAAAACAUAUGCGGAUUAGGCAUAGUGACGAAUACAAUCCAGCUGGUUGCAGUGUGUGUGGUAAAGUGUUUAAGAACAAAUACAGUUUACGUGCACACAUUAACAUCUACCAUAAGGAACACUCAACUACCACUAAUACGACCAAUCAAGGUGCGUAUCAAGUGUACAAUAAUAAUGCAAUUGGUCAACAGCAACAACAGCAACAACAGCAACAACACCAACAACAUCAACAAUCGGCUCCAGUACAGCCUGUCAACAAUUCUACUGGUUCUUAUAUAACUGGUUCAUCGCCAGUUACUUGUUUUAACCAGUCUUCAAAUGCCACUACAACUGGUGGCUACAUUAUACAGCAGCCUCCCACAUCGCCGUUCCUAAAUAAAAUCUCAUUGGAUCUCCCAUCUCCAUAUCAGUUAACGAAUCAGGCUACAUCUGGUCCACCUUUAUCACCACUUUAACCAUUAUUUCCACCAGCAUCAGCCGGUGAAUUUUUUGAUGUUGUCGGAUGCGCUUCACGCAUGACUCAUUUGGAGGUUUAAAUUUUAACCUCAUUUUCGAGAUCGGUUACUGACUAAUUAAUUUGUCAUUAUUAUUAUUAAAUAAAUAUAUAUUUAAUUAUAUUUUUUUCUAGAGGGGGGAAGGGCUUGGUUUGAUGUUUGGUUAAUUUUUACUGGUUGUAAUUCAUUAUUUUUAAAUUUAUAUUGGUAUACCCGAAGUAUAAUAUUUUUAUUAAUACAUUAAAGGAAAUGUAAAAUAUAUAUAUAAAGUUUUUAAUUUAGAAUAUAUAUAUUAUAAAGAGUGCCAAUAAUGAUAAUGAGUAAUGAAAAAGAAACAAUCAAAUUAUGUUGUAUAAUUAAUAUUUAUUAACAAAGUUUGCUCUUUAUAGCAGAAUCUAUUAAAGGCCAAACGAGUCAAAGACUGAAUAAAAAAUGAAACACCCUAAUAUUAUUCAAAUAUUACUGAUGAAUAGUAUUUUUAGCUCAUAAUUAUUAAGGAUGAAUACGAAACAAACUUGUUCUCUGAAUUGAGAAAAUCACCUUGUACCUACUCUAUAGUAUUUCAAUUUAUACCUAUUCUUUAGCAAUAAAAUAUAUUGUAACAUAGUCAUAAUCAUGUAUAAAAUUAAUAUUUACCAAAGAUAUUAUAGAACUGAUAAAUACCACUAACGAUUUUUUAAUUGUAUUCAGUCGAAUACUAUGUGUACAUUUUGCACAUGGUCUUGUUUCGUGUUUUCUAUUUGUAUUAGAAAUUGUGU